AUGGCGCGCCCAAGCUUUCAUUUCGAUACGACGACGCUCGACGACAGCGACGAGGUCGACGAUGGUAACAUCUCGGUCGCCGCGCUCUCGGCCUUCUUGGCACCAACCAUGGAUUUUGGCACGCCCACGGGCAGCCCCGCGCAUUUCGGCCACGACGCAUCGAACGAGGAGCAGUUGGCGGCGCUGUCGCUCUCGCCGCCAUCAUCGCCCGUCGCUGCCGCCGCCGCCAAGCCGUUCCGGAAUGCAAAGGAGGAGCACGAUUACCUGCUCGCCCAACGCGAGACGCUCAAGACGCAGCUGCAAACUCUCUUGGCGGCCGACGCUGCGCAAGGCGACCACCCAAACCCGUGGUUCCACCGCGCCCGCGACGAGAUCCGUGCCACGCGUCGCUCCCAGCACGAGAAUGCGCGUUUAAAAGAGGCGAUUGAAGCGCAGUUGAAGCAGAUCCGAAGGCUCGAGCGUGCGGCGCGGCGAAAGAAGACACUGCAGCAUCCGAGCGCCUGA